AUGAUAAAAAAUUAUACUUGUGAUUUUAUAUUAAAACGAAUAAAAAAAAGAAUAAAGGGUAAUUUAAAUGGAAAAUGGAAUUUACCAAUUUAUUAUGUAGUUGAUCCUAAUAUAAAUUUAAAUUUACUUUUCCAAGCAUUAAAUCAUAUUCAAACAGAAACAUGUAUAAGAUUUAGAAAAAUUAAUAAACCACUUGAUUAUAAACCUGGAUUUAAUUUUCGUUUAAGUAAUAAAUGUUUUAGUUUUGUAGGAAAAGUAACAGAUUAUUACUUUCAAGAUAUAUCUAUCGGUCCAGAAUGUUCUGAUUUUUCUGGUAUCCAACAUGAAGUUAUACAUGCUUUAGGACAUCAUCAUGAACAUAAUAGAGUUAAUAGAAAUAAAUAUUUAGAUAUUGAUUUUAAAAAUAUUAGGCAAGAUAUAUUAAAAGAAUUUGUUAUUGUAAGAAAAUUUAAUUCAGAAACAUUUAAUAUUCCAUAUGAAUAUGCAUCAAUUAUGCAUUAUAAUCUAUAUUUAGGUAGUAAAAAUACUAGGCCUACAAUGUUUCCUAAAAUAAAAGCAUAUAAAAAAACUGUUGGAACCUCAACAAAAGCUACAUUUCUUGAUCUUAAAUAUUUAAAUUUUCAAUAUUGCCAACAUAUUUGUCCUAAAAAAAUAUUUUGUUAUAAUUGGGGAUAUCAAAAUCCUAAUAAUUGUAAUUCUUGUAAAUGUCCUGAAGGAUAUUUUGGAGGUAAAUGUGAAAAAUUAUUUUAUAUAAAACAAAAUUGUGGUGAUGGAAUAAUAAACUUAGGAUCACAAGAAAUAAAUCUUCAUUUUUCUGGUUCUAAAUAUUGUGUUACACAUUUAAAAACUGAUAUAAGAAGUAUAAUUAAUAUAAAAAUUGUAAAUGUACAAUUAUUUCCUAAUUUAUAUUGGGGAUGUAAAAAUUUUAAUUCAAUAGAAAUUAAGUUUUUAAAAGACAAAUCACUUACUGGUGCUAGAUUUUGUGGUCUUGAUAACAAAAUAUUUUUUGUUUCUGAAAAUCACCAUGUAAUAAUUAUUUAUAGAAGUAGCAUAAGUAAUAAUUAUGCUAAUUUAUCAUUCAAUCAAUCAAUUAUAGUUUAA